CCGUGUCACGUGACCGUCCUUCGACAGGAGUUUCUACGACAGCUGAGUAGCAGCUAAAUGCGUCUUUUCACCUGUAACAUUGAUCCUCCUCCACUCCAGCGGGUCGAAGUUUCUUCAAAUGGGAGACAAGAAGAGCCCCACAAGGCCGAAGCGGCAGUUGAAGCCGUCCUCCGACGAUGGCUUCUGGGACUGCAGCGUGUGCACGUUCAGGAACAGCGCGGAGGCGUUCAAGUGCUUAAUGUGUGAUGUCAGAAAGGGGACGUCAACAAGAAAACCACGUCCUGUUUCUCAGCUGGUAUCACAGCAGGUCAAUCAGCAGUUCGCACCACCAGCACAUCCCAAAAAGGAGAAGAAAGAAAAAUCAGAUAAAGACAAGAGUGACAAAGAACCAGCACUGAAAAAGAAAGGUCACAAAAAGUUGAGGCCAAGGCUAAAAAACAUAGACCGGAGCAGCGCCCAGCACCUAGAGGUCACAGUUGGAGAUUUAACAGUAAUUAUCACAGACUUUAAAGAGAAAGCCAAACCCAUGACAACUCCAGCAAGUGCUGCCUCAGCAGAACACCACAGCCAAAGUGGCUCCAGCUCUGAUAAUACUGAACGAGGGGUCUCCAGAUGCUCGUCGCCCCACGGGGAAGGCUCAUCGUCAAUUAACGGAGAGACUCACUAAUCUUGACACUUCCAGUCAGCACAGCCCAGCCCAUCAUUCUUCAGCACUCUCAACCAGAGAUUUAACUUCAAAAUGCACGUUUUUUUUUAUAAUGCUUUAAAUGCCAAUAAGAUAGCAUUCAUUUCUUUUUGGGUAAGUAUUUUUCACCACUACCCGUGAUGUUAAAGAAAUCAAGAGUGGGGACUUUUGCUUUGCGUUCAAUUCAAAGGACUGUUACAGAAAGAUCUAACAUGCCGAAAUGAAAACAUGAACUGCUGCAUCAAGUCCUCUGACGGUGGAACUUUGUCACAUGCUGUGGUGGUAUAUGUUAUAACACCUCAGUAUUACAGUAGCAUUGCACUCAGUUGGUGGCUGCUGCGCAGGAAACAAUGAGAGAAAAUAUGAAGAAGACAUCUCAGAAUUUCAGUCUAUCCUUGAAUUAUGUUAUCAUUUUUUGCACUUAAUGGCAUCCUGUUAUUCUUGAUAACAUUUGUAGCAUUAUUUCCACUUUCAGUUUAAUGUAACUGUGUUGGCUUUAUCCAGCUCUUGUGUGCCAUUGGGUGCCAAUCAUUGUUUUACUGUUUAACAUAUGAAAAAUGAAAUGCCUCUUCUUCACUUGGUAGAGUUGAGCAUGAUUUAAUCUAUAGAAUGGUUUAUAUUGUCAAAUAAUGUUAAAUAAAAUAAGUUGUAGACAC